CAAUGUCAUAGAACCUGAUUUCAGCCGUGUUUGUGCAGGAGAACGCACUUGGAGCAUGAACCCCAGUUGAAGAGUAGUUUUAGUCUACCUGGAGCCUAAACCAAAGAAAUCUGGGUCUACCAAAAGCUACAUAUGCCGCAUUUAUUAAUUUGAACACGUCUUAAUCCCCGUACGAAUCGCGAUAGCCGGAUUUUAAUAGCCUCGUGAUGCUGUGUAUCAAAAUUUGUUGUUUCAAGCUUGCUAUUUGUCUUAAUGUAUCGAGAGCGAGAAACAGCUUAAUGAGGAAAAAUACUGCAGUUUUCAGUUUAUAAGAAACAAUCGAAGACGGUUGACAGCAAAUAGAUAACUGAAUAAUAAUCAUCGAUAUUUUUAAUCAUUCAUAUUGAUUGCAUAUCACAGUUGUGCAUUUCAUCCCAAAUGAAUCAUGCUCAGUUGUUCUACAGCCACCAUGCUCUCAUCAAACACAAAAUGCUUCAUCUUUAUCGUUUUCAUGGUCAUGUGUAGCAUUUCAGAAUCAUUCAGGCUUCAAACAGAGGAGAGUUUAACAGCGGUGCGAGGCAGAAAUAUCUCCCUACCCUGUAAUUUCUCCGUUCCUGCACUUGCAGUCUACUGGUACAAACACACCUUUACCAUGUUUACAGGAGCACCAGACGACGGAGCAUCGCUCGUAGCCCGAUAUUAUAGGGGCAUUACAGAUCCUGUAACGGGCUUUGAGAGGUUCAGCAUCACCAAGGACUACAGUUUGAUCAUCAGAAAUGUAACUGUUCAGGACGAGACAACCUACUCAUGCCAAGUUGUGGGGAUUGAUACCAUGGAUGUUGAUACGGAAAGAGGCUAUACGGACUUGAGAGUUAUAGCUUUAGCAGAGCCUCUUGAACCAAUCAUCGAGAUUAUAGAGCCCUGUACUUUCACAGCGCAAGGGGGAUGCGUCUACCAUGUUAACAGGUCUACCAUUGGCAAGGACACGUCGGAUGAUGUAAUACUUGUUUCUAAACUUUUCAAUGUUCGACCUCUACCAAAUCUUACUUGGAUUCAAAGCGAUGGAGGAUUAAAUAAAAAUGCAACUUACCAGACGCAGGAGAAAGAUGGGCUGUUCAGCAUUUCAUCACAAGUUCAGGUACCCAAGUCUCAUCUUGAUCACAACUAUACUUGUCAAGCUAAAGGGGAAGCCGUGAAUGGAACCUCAUUAGUGGUCAUUUCUUUUGAGGAUUCUGCUACACAUGUUUCUAAUGAUCGUGUGACCACUAUGAUUAUAAGCGUGAUAAUCACGAUAAUUUUACUAGUGGUUAUCAUGGUUAUUGUAGUCCUGUCGGUAGGCCUGAGUUUUUACCGAAGACAUGGCAGGUGGCCCUGGUUUACAAAAGAAUACAAAGAUACCGAAAGAAGCAAGACGAAUGGGAUAUCCAUGGCAGUCGAAAAUUAUGAUAAUGAUGAUGAACCUGACCAAGAUACCAAGAGUCAUGAAAGUAGGGAGGCGGAUGGGAUGUUAACGACAGUCAGAUCAUAUCGGUUUGCUGCUUUCAGGAUUUGGUCAGAUUACUUGCACGGAUACAUGGGUAAAGGAGUUCGAUGGCCUCUUCCAGCGUGCGUGGUGACACGAGUUCGGCAAGAGUUCCCCAAUAAGACAGGUGUCUACGAUGGCUUCAAAUUUGGGAAACAAGGGACAGUUGGAAAGGUAAUCUAA